CGUCACGCAGUUUCGUACGUUACCUUACUUCGUACUCCCAACUCCUUCUCCCCGCCAUUGAUUAUCAAGCUUCCCAGGCUCACCAAACUCAUUCCAUACAUCAAUCUACAGCGGAUAAAAGAGUUGAGCUUCAACCGCCAUCCUCUCUUGAAAACAAAAAGAUCAACAAAAACAAAAACAAAAAGGGCCAUCAUGGAUUUUUCAGACGAUGAUGAAGUCCCAGAACGCGACAUUCGUGAAUUGAAUGCUAUGGGUUGGGCUAGGCAAACCUUCGGCAACACCGACAGGAACGUGAUGAGCAAGAUGUUGAAACUACUUUUUGAUGAUUUUUACAUCAAGCGCGUCUCAACGGAUCGAGUCGACAACAUCUACACACCGAGAGAAAUGACGCCAGAGCAGAUCGAGUGGUUAGAGAAUUGGCAAGCAUGGGAGCGCGCUCCUAGUAACCCGCCACCCUGGCCAGAAACAAAAAGCGACGAGUUCAACGACGAUGGUGGGCGCAGGCAAUCUUCACAAUAUGCAAAGAGGGGGAUUUGGGAUAGUUUGGUCGAUUUUUUAAGGUUGGGAAGGUUAACAAGCACAAGAUAAUCUCGCUAGUAGCAUACCGUCCAUGUUGUGUUUAUGAUGUAAUACUUUGAUAUGACUGCUUUGUUCCUGUAUAUCUCUUAACUAGGUAUAUUGAAGUCUUGUUCUUUCUGCCUUUUGCAAUUUGAUGUUUACCAUUUCCGAGAGGCGGGUGCUUGCUUAUAUUUCUUUGCCAUUCCUCGCUACCUUACCUACUAUCCUAGCAUGGGC